CGGCGCGGGGGCGGGGCGUGUGACGCAUUUCCGCUUCCGCCUGGGCGUAGGGGAGGCGGUGGUGCUGCGGGCCGCCGCCUGCUGCCUGGUUCCGCUCCGGCCUGUGCCGCGCCGCGCUACUCCCGCAGCAAAAUGUCUGGAACUGAUGAUUUUUCGUUGGCAGAUGCUUUGCCCGAUCAGUCUCCCGCUAAGACCCCCAAAGUGAGCGGUGCGAAGCCGGGCCAGCAGCCCUCCCAGCCGCCUCAGGGUUGGCCGCCCUCGAAUCCUUGGAACAACCCGAGCGCUCCCCCUGCCGGGCCCUCGGCGCUGCCGCCCAACACCUCCGCUUCCAGCGUGCCCUUCGGACCUCCUCCUACAGGAAUGUAUCCUUCAAUGCCCCCCGGACCGCCUGCUCCAUUUCCUCCUCCUCCUAGCGGACCCUCUUGCCCUCCUCCCGGAGGUCCGUAUCCGCCCCCAGCCGUGCCGGGCCCCGUCCCUCCGGGCCAGUAUCCUCCACCAAACAUGCCCUUUCCAGAGCUUCCACGACCUUAUGGCGGUCCGACGGAGCCGGCUGCGCCUCCCGCUCCCGUCGGGCCGUGGGGAUCCAUGCCCUCUGCAGCAUGGGGACCGACGAUGGCGGGGCAGUAUCCCGCACCCAGCAUGCCGUAUCCCCCCCCAGGGCCGUACUCUGCUCCUGCCCAGACUCCGGGAGCGGCGCCGACGGUACCGUGGGGCACAGUCCCACCUGGAACGUGGGGACCUUCGCCGCCAGGUCCGUUUCCUCCACCCGCAGGAUCGUACCCGGCUCCAGGACUCUAUCCUACGCCCCCUAAUCCUUUUCAAGUGCCGUCUGGUCCUGCUGGUGCUCCGUCCAUGCCGGGCGGCCCCCAUCCUUACCGUUGAACACGUUCUGGGCAACAAAGUACUGUAGCUUUCCACCUUCAUCCACUACUUACAGAGAUUUUUACAGUUUUUGUUUCAGUAAUGUUUGGGGCUAUGAAGAAUACUUGCCUCUUGUAUGUGCAUUUGAGGUAUGAAGGAGCAAUUUAGCAAUUUGCAUAACAUUAACUUGCUCGUAUGUUGGCGUAAUUGUUUGGUUUAAUAAAACGAGCUACAAAGAGCAGAAGUAAAACUGAAAUCCGUGGUUCUUACUCUGGCCAAUAUUCCUUGGGAAAAUGAGAGCUGCCAAGUAAGGAUCCUAAAGAAUCAGGCACAAGGACUCGCGAAUCAGAAACAGCUUAAAUUUCCACGAAUGCUUUAAGUCUCGUUGCCGGACUGGUGCUGGUUGUUGAAUGGAUGGAUGGUCGUAUCUUGUCUAUUUUCAGGUUAUUCUAAAAUGUCAAUAAAAAGUAUUUCAAGAUUUUUUUUUUGGUCAAGAAAUGUAAUUUUUGAACGUGCUACAGUAAUGGAAACGACAGAGACGGAGCGCGUGAACUCGAAGGCUUUCUCAGCACUCUGUAAAUCCUGCACACAGUUAAUGGCCCGGUCUGGGACUGCGGAGGAGGAGGAGGAGGCGUGCAUUGGAAUGCUGGGUCUGACUGGUCAGUGCCCUGCUGCUGUCUGUGCAGUGCAGUGAGCUGGACGUGCCGUUCCCUUUCAUGGACCGCUGUGAGUUUCGUGCAUGCCGAUGAGGACUUCGUUUUGCCAGUUCUCGUUCUGUGGUGGUUGGAGGUUUGAGUUGGUCUGUGUAAAGCAUUAACUCCCACGUAGGUAAAGUACUUCCCUAUAUCUAACCUGGGUUCUGGUUGUUUAAAAUUUGACUUGUCUGCCGAGUUGUGUAAACUCAGCGGGUGUUUUCAGAGUCCCUAGAAACUGAACUUGAGCUUAAAAGGUGAAGAAAACCAGCCUGGCCAUUCCCUUCCCAGCAGGUUUUGGCGAGGCUUUUCUUUCUAUCUGCUCCAGCCAUUCCCUUGUGCCAUCCUUACUGCCACAGCUGGGGACGAGCAAACCUCACCGGGGCUCCACUGAACGUGGGAAUGGAGAGCAGCGCUCUGUUCCCGGCCAGGUGCCUGCAUACCUCACUGAGAGCAUAAUUUGGGAUGUUUAGAAGCUGUGUGCUGCUGUGUGGCUGCCCCUGCUCUGGAAGGGGCGCUGCAGGAAGCUUUAUAUUCUUGCCAUAUCUGUGCUGGGGUAACUGCUGGUGCGGCAUUACUGAGGCACAGCCACGCGUUGCUGAGGAGCUCUGGUGGCAUUUCAUAGCCUGGAUUUGAGCGUGGACGUUUGGCUUCUCCUCAGGUGGGGAUCUCCUAACUUAGCCUCUGUAGGUAGAAUUAGGAAUCAGUGUUGCUUAACGUGUAGCUCGUUAGGGAGUCUUCGUAUCGUGGAACUGUGAAAGCAAGUUAAUUCGCUUCCCAAACCUUGCCAUGGCUUCCUGCAUGCAUGUGAUGAACUUCAGAACAAGUGGGCUGAGCUGGCAGUGGUGCCUGUUGGCUGUGCCAGCCCAUGGCAGAGCACUGCGGUGUCCCUGCAGGGGAGAGCUGGGGCUCCUUGAGUCUGCCAUGAAAACCGAAGGUACGAGCAUCUCUUGUCUCAGUUAUAGGAAGAUGGCACUGGAGCUGAAGAGAAAUGCUUAACACUUCAGCAUGCCAGCUCUGACCCUAGGAAUCAGAACCCAAAGUUGUCAGUAUUACCUUAAACAAACCCCUUGGCCCCCCGGGCAGCGCACUUCAUUACAUCUUGGCAAGACCAAUUCCAAAUAAACACAGUAGAACACUGCCUACAUUUGCUCAAGUGCUUUUAAUUUCAAUACCUGCAGCCUUAGGUUAUAAACCAAUGUGAUGAACAACACCUGUCCCAAAGGAGCGGAUCGUGCAGCACCCUCCAGUUCCACACUGCACUCUGCGUCUCUGUGCGGAAUGGGAAGAGGUAGGAAAGGAGAGGGCAGCAAACGUAGCAAGGAAUGACUGCUGGAAGGGGAUUUGUUUUGGUAACCAGGCUUCCAGGUUCUUCCUGAAGUAGGCAGGAUCAAUUACCGGAACAUUUAGGCUAAAAUUCAGUAUAUAUGGGAUGUUUUUUCAAUGUAUAUUCGUAUUUCUUGAGGUCAUGAGAACUGUUUCAUAACCCCUUUGUUUUUGUGAGCCAAGUUCUUUGCAUAGCAGUGAAAAAAAGGGUAUCCCUGUUAAUCUAUUGUGUAAAAACUCAAGUUGUCACUAUAUGCCGUGUAGUAACUUUAUCACAUGUUAUGUCAAGUGUGAGCAACUUCUGGCCUGAAGCUUUUGCAAUGGAAUUUGUCCAUUUCUAUGCAUCGUUUGAGUUAAAUUGCUGAGGAGUUCGUUUUGUGCUUUGAGGUUGACAUACUGCAUUUGUUUACAAUAUGAAAUAUAAGCAAUCACAUCUUUAAAGUAUAGAUUAUCACCUGCUGCUGUAUUUUCUUUAGAUGAAACAAAUAUUGCUGUAUGAUAGUGAGAAGCUAUAAAUACAGGAUUUGAUAUUUUUUUGAAGAUGCUGUCACUUUUGUAUAAGAUUAGACAUUAAACGUAUUUUCAAGAC